AUGCUCCGCUUAGCACUGGAGUUUCCUCCCUUGAUGGGCGCCAUGAUCUCUAUCGCCGUGCAAAGUUAUGUCCACACGAUCACUGGUCUACGAAGAAUGCUCGAAAAUGCUGAAGAUAUAGGAUCUGAUGAUGCGCUCUUAGCGACUGUGAUUUCGCUUUCGACGUCGCGACUUGACUCAUCACCAAACACCGCACCUCAUAUUACGGCGUCGGGCAUAAUUUUAGCUCAGCGCCGCCCUAGGAUGGCCUGUCCCCAGACAGCGGUGUUUGACCGGAUCUGCAUUGAAUCAUUCGUAUAUCAUGCAUCUCUAAUGAUGUUGUUUGACCCAUCGCUUGAUGCGCUAUCUAGCAUCCGGCAGCAGCUGGAUUUACCGCAACGUUUCUUGAAUUUCGGGCAGGGUGAUUCCGCAGCAUGGGAAUUUGGCAUUUCUACGCAACCAAUUCUUUACGCGCCCUACAAAUUCUUCUUACUGAUCGCCGAUAUCACAAAGCUUGCACGUAUCUCUCGUGUAUUAGAUGAUCCGGAAAUUUCAACCUGGACAAAGAUUCAGCAGGAACUGUGCCAUUGGCCCCGGGUUCUUGACACGGAAGACGAACUACUGGCAGCGAUAUACGGUUUCUCGGUUCAGAUUUUACUACUGAAAUCAAAUCCAAAUAUAACGUAUGAUGAGAAAAGUCGACAAGCAGAGUUUAAUCUAGAAGCCGGGUUGGAGCAUGUCCCCUUCCUUAAUCUAGAUCACCAUUUCGCGAGCUAUCUAUUAUGGCCACUGGCUAUUUUGGGCUCCGCUUGCACUACUUUCGAGGAACAAAAAACGAUUCAGACUUGCAUUUCUUUAGUCUCCAUCCAAAAGCCGGGCGGCCAUGCAAGCUGGGUGCACAGGCGACUGAGAAAGAUAUGGUCCGUCGUCAACAAAACGAACGAGAAAUACCCAGCGAAGCGCAGGCUUUUGGGGCUGCAGGCACUACUCGAUGGGGACAAGGAAGAUGAUUAG